GCUUGCUUGCCGAUUAGGCACUAUCAACAUGGCAGCUUUCUGAGUUUUGGAGGAGGGUACCUGGUGUAAAUAAACGAAUUUCACGUCUUAGAGAUAACGACAGCGUUCGUGUGUUUGUGUCUAGGACUGGUUGGGCAAUAGAGGGAAAAUGUCGACUGACGCAAAUAAAAAACAGUUCUGGAAAAGAAACGCAGCGAAGGUUCCUGGCAGCAUUCAACAUGUGUAUGGUGCACAACACCCACCUUUCGACCCGCUCCUUCAUGCUAACCUGAUUAAAGCUGGCAACAAGCCUCCUCCAGCCACGCCAGGCAAACCCAAGAAGGCUACCACGUUCCAGGAGUUUGAGAGCAUCACAAGCGAUGCCUGGGAUGUCGGGGAUGAUGAUGACGAGUUGCUGGCCAUGGCUGCACAGAACCUUAAUAUUGAGGUUGUCAUGGAGACAGCCAAUAAGGUCAUCGAGAAUCACAGCAAACAGCAAGAAAGACAGAGGCAGGAUGACGAGACAGAGCUAGAACAAAGAGAAGAGGACCCACAGGAGGAUGUGGCAGAGGACGAGGAGGAGGACGAAGAAGAGGAGGAGGACAACCGGGUGGGGGAAGGAGACGUGACCAGCCCAGAGGUCUCGUUUGCCUCCCAGAGCAGCCCUUACACUGAUGGCCGCCUUGUAAAGUCCCAAAGCGAAGCUCCAAUUGGGUCACCUAAAGAUGCAGCAGGUGAGCAUGCAUCACUCCACAGACAGCGGUCUCUGCCCCACCGGCCGCCCACCAUCCCACUGGUGGCUCGCAUCGCUGACCAGAACACAUCCGGCACCCCGAUCAUGACCGAGAGGGAAGCGUCCCGUCUGGAUAAGUUCAAACAGUUGCUGGCGGGGCCAAACACAGAUCUGGAGGAGCUACGGAAACUCAGCUGGUCUGGAAUCCCACGACAAGUCCGACCGAUAACGUGGAAGCUCCUUUCGGGUUACCUACCAGCCAACGCAGAAAGAAGAGAGAGCGUCCUACAGAGAAAGAGACAAGAAUAUUUCGGCUUCAUUCAGCAAUACUACGACUCGCGCAAUGACGAACACCAUCAGGACACGUACAGACAGAUCCAAAUAGACAUUCCUAGGAUGAGUCCUGAGUCUUUGGUGCUGCAGCCAAAGGUGACCGAGAUUCACAUUGACAUACCGAGAACUAAUCCCCUUAUUCCUCUCUUUCAACAAGCUUCUGUCCAAGAGAUUUUUGAGCGGAUACUUUUCAUCUGGGCCAUCCGCCAUCCAGCCAGCGGCUACGUGCAAGGCAUCAACGACCUGGUCACGCCGUUCUUCGUCGUCUACGUGUUUGAGUACAUCGAGGAGGAAGUGGAAAACUUUGACGUGUCCAGUCUCCAGGAAGAGGCUCUGAGGAACAUCGAAGCUGACAGCUUCUGGUGCAUGAGCAAACUGCUGGACGGCAUCCAGGACAACUAUACAUUUGCCCAGCCAGGCAUCCAGAGGAAAGUCAAGGCCCUGGAGGAACUGGUCAGCAGGAUUGAUGAGUCCGUGCACCGCCACAUGCAGCAGUACGAGGUGGAGUACCUGCAGUUCGCCUUCCGUUGGAUGAACAACCUCCUGAUGAGGGAGCUGCCACUGCGCUGCACAAUCAGACUGUGGGACACAUACCAGGCUGAACCAGAGGGCUUCUCCCAUUUCCACCUCUACGUGUGCGCAGCCUUCCUGGUGAGGUGGAGGAAAGAAAUUCUAGAGGAGAGGGACUUUCAGGGUCAGAUGAUCCUCCUGCAGAACCUUCCCACAAUGCACUGGGGCAACGAGGAAGUGAGCGUGCUGCUGGCCGAAGCCUACAGGUUGAAGUUCGCCUUUGCCGACGCGCCCAACCACUACAAGAGAUGAUAGGCGUGACUCUCUGCAGCUCCUCCUCUUCCUCCUCUUCCUCCUGCUUCUGAACUUCGAGGCCUUCCUGCGGGGACAGACCUCCCUCUUUCUUAACCUCUCUUCCCUUAUUCAGCCUUUCAGCUACUAAGAGAUUUGAAUCAACCAAUGACUGGCAGGACGUGUGGCGUAGCAUUUUAACGCGUUGAUGUGGAGCCCUUUUUUUAAAUGAUUUUUCUCUGAUCAGCUCUGAACAAACUGAGGACUUUUUGUCGGAGUUUGGUGAUGCAGGACGCUGAGGUGAUGCUCAGCAGCCGGGGGUCCAGUCUCGCUCAGAAAACAAAUAUUUUCUGCAAAAAAACAAAACAAAUCCAAUACCAAGGCAAUACAUUGUUUUUGCUACCCGAGGCCAAAAUGUGACUCUUUUUUUUCAGUUUGCAGCGACAGAGAAAGAUGGCAAAAGGACGCCGUGCUACAUGGUUUAUUUAUCUGAGCCCGUUGUCCUGGUCAACCUGAAGGAACACGACCUCUCCUGUUUUUCUUAUUUUUUUCUCCUGCCGGUGUGACAGGAGGGACACGGGAUGUUCACCUUCAUGACAAACUAACACUAGGACUUUACAGACAGAGAUCUGUGAGGGGAAACAUGCCUCCUUCCUUCUAAAAUAACAAACACACAACUCAUUCCCACUUUAUCUCGUCCUCCCACCCCUCUGCAGCAUCACACUGUCGACAUAACAGAAGCCAUUUAGAGAGAGAAAGCUACUUAUUCCUUAUCUAUUAUCUACCCCCCCCCCCCCCCCCUCUCUGAACCCAGCUCUACCUCACACAUCACAUAUUCCACAUAUGUGCCUGCUAAAUUGAGAACACACAUCAUUAUGGGGUUAAGAAUAACAAUUUGCAGUUCAAUUUGAAAUGAAAUCAUCCUCAAAAAAAGGCCUUUUCGCAGCGUUGGUCUUGAAGUAAAGCCUUAAUUAGGAGACAUAUUUCUUUGUUUACUCCUCAGUCCUCUCCUUCUGCCUUUGCAAAGAAACUUAAUGUGCACCAGUUACUGAAAAACUCAAAAUAAAGCAGACACUUUGAUUACAAACACUCCAAAAAGUAGUAAAAACUCAAAAAUACAGCUUUAAUUGAAGUUAUUGAGCAUCAGUAUCGAGUUAUUCCUAUACAUAUCUCAUCCACACUUGUCACUUUAUUUUAUUUCCGAUAAAGAUAUGCGAGCGGCAGGUGCACGGACUGUUUUUAAGGAAGUCUUGCACAUUUGAGAAAGCGAUUACACAUGUUUGAUCUAUAUUAGUUCUCCUAAUUGAAGAGGCCCCUAUGAUGCUUUUUCAAAAACAAUAACGGCACCUCUUUUUCCCCAACUGGUCUUAAUAAUAGUGAUAUAAACACAAAUAGAAUAGUGCAAAAAUAAUGGCUUUAAAUGUCAACGAGACAAACGGGACAGGCUUAACAGAUAAGAAUUAAUAAACUCAUCUUAAUGUGAAAUAAUGAAAACAAAUUACUAAAAAUAAAGCGAGCUGCACAUAAAAGCAGCAGAGGCGUUAAAAAUAUAACCUUAUUAAUUAUUGUGUCUUAUCACAACAACACCCUCUUCUUUCCCCUGAGCAUCAUGGGAUGUCUUACCCAAAGCCAGCAGCACCAUAUUGGUGUUAAUGUUGGGGGUGGGGGGGGGGGGAAAUCAGACAUUCAUGACAUAACGCUGAGCUGUUAACGUCUGAAGCCUCCCGCCGUGACACCGCCAGGACCCAUUAUUGUCACACACACACACACACACACACACACACCCUGCCUGACUGUGUGUGUAGGUGUGUGAAGCGGAGAUGGAAGGAGAGCGGGACGGGGUCGUGUUUCUUUUGGAAGUUUCAGCGCUUUUUCCUUUGUUUUUACCGUGAGAGCCGUCAGUCUUUGAUCACACUCGGGAUCUUUUCCUCUUUUUUUUUACACACCUCAUCUCCCAUGCUCUCUGACAAAGGAAACAAAACUCUCUCUCUCUUUCUCUCUCUCUCUCUCUCUCUCUGUCUUUGUUUAUAUGAGAUUUAUUCUUUCAACCAGCGUUUUAAAGAUUUUCCUUUUUUAUUUUUUUAUGCUGUUUACAUGACGAGCCUAUUAAGUUGUGCCUGACUGCGGAGAGUUUCUGACCUUAAAUGACACAUUUUAGAUUUCUGGAAGCAAUAGUAUGACACUUGCUGUGAAAGGACGGAACAUGUCUUUUUUCAACAUGAACUGUUUAAUAAAUCGUUGGGCAUUUGAAUAGGUCACCAUCUCCUUCCCCUGGACAGCGAUUGUUACUAAAGUACAUGUCAAGCUUUGGAUUUCACCUCCUGCUGUAGUAAGUUAAUUUUUUUUUUAGCCUUUCCGAUACCAAAAACACAAGAAGUCAUGUCUAAAAAAACCUACAGUAGUAACCUAGAGUUACUUUCACUAGCUAACUACAUUAGUUUGUGCGAUUACAGGUUAUGUAUAUUUAUGCCUGAGGCAGCAAAUAAUGUAUGAGGUUGACAGCUACUCCUCUGUGAAUGUGUGUGUGUGCGUCAUGGAGAAAAGAGAACACCCCUUCCCCUUCAAAUCAUAACAGUUUCGCUAUUUUUGCUGUAAUACAUAUGCAGUCAUUUCCCCUUUAAACAGAAGUAGUUGACUACUUGAGAUGCUUUAACAAACACAUUCACAAGCUUCAAAUCUAUCCUCAAACAUCUCAAUGGUGAUGAAGGCCUAUUGGUUUCUGGCUGGAGCCCGUUAUCUGUUAUCCAACACACUUUGGAGCGUCUUCAUGAGGGUGUCCUGAAGUAACAGCUUUUGUUCCUCUUUUCGCGCUCACAUGAAAAUAUGUUUAUGAAACUGAAAGAAAAAAAUGUCCUCCAUCCAUGUCUUUUGCCUCUUGAGUAUUCGGAAGAAUCUAAUAAUACUAGAGCGUGUGGGUGACAGGAGUCCUGGUUCUGGAAUUUAAAAAUGUGUACAGAGAUGAUUUUGAAUCUGUAAAUAGAAAGUGUAAAUAAAUCCUAUAUAUGACAAAACUG